AUGAAUACAAAUAAUGACGAAAUGAGUAAUGUGUCGAAUGAUAGCAAUAUUGGUAUUAGUAAUAAUAUAGACGACAUUAACAACAUUAGCAAGAACCAUCUUGGCCAUGUUGGAAGUGUUGACAGUAUUAAGAAUGCUAUCAUAAGUGCGAACCAUUUUAACAGUACAAAUAAUAUUGUAGACUCAGAGAAUGAAAAUAGUAAUGAUCAUAUAGAGUUGAAAAAUGUGCAUAUGAAUAAUAAGAAUAUGAAUAACUACAGAUCCCUUUCUAAUGAAAACACAAUUGAUGAUAAUGGAAAUGAUAUGAAUUUCCUUAACGAUGAUGAUAAUGAUAAUUGCAAUGAGAGCAAUGAAAACAACCUCAGUGGAAACAUGGCAAUUACCAUCGAAGGCUCGAACGAUAGUGGAAAUUAUGACAAAGCCCAAUCUAGCGACAUUCCUAAUAAUGUAGGGGAUGAACAUAAUGGUGGCAACGAUAUUGCUAGCAGUGGCAUGAACAAUACGGGGACAACGCUCAGCGCAGAGGAUGCCCAAUUGAAUAAUGAUAAAACGAUUGUACCUAAUGGGAAUUAUAAAAAUGCGUUCUUCAAGAAUGUAGACGACGUGAGGAGUUUCGAAAGGGGUAUUCUCUACCUGACGGAUGAAGAAUUCAAUUAUAUAUCAAAUACAGUUAACUUGUUGGGAUUUCGAUUUUUUGAAAUUCCAUCAGAAAAAAGCAAGAGCGAUAAAAGAAAUACCUAUAGUGCAAUAUCGAAGAGACAUUUAAAUGAAAUUAAGAACCUACGUUGCUCCUUGUCGAACAAUAUAUACGAUGCGGGUAAAAGAAAGUCGAAAAAAUCCUUUGAUCCAUAUUAUUCAAAAGAUGAGACGAGUAGUACAACUACCAAGGAUAAUAAUGACACGCAAAGAGAAAUUACCCGCAAAAGGGGAGGAACAUACAACAAUUACGAGGAUGAUAAUAGGAGCUCCCUCAAUGAUGAUGAUAACAAGUACGCUAAUAUGAGUAAUAAUCACGUUGGCAGCAACGGCACGGCUGCUUUAGGUUCAUCCGUGUAUAGAGGAGGCGGGGCCUAUAAUAACAAAGUUGGCAGCAGUAGUGGCUCAGGAGUUAACACCAAAAUGAGCGAAAGUGAUAAAAUGGCACAAGGGAGGAAUAGCAGUAUGGUCAAAAAGGGGUCUAUUACUAAAGGUGAAAUGGAUAGCAGUAGUGUGAGUAAAAAUGCCUAUGGAGCAUUUCCCAACGUUGGAAAAGGAAAAUCAUCCAAAUCGGUUGGAAGUAGUAGUAGUAAAAAUAAUGCAGCGAUGCAUCACACUAAUUAUAAGCACGGAGGGGCAGGUUCCACAGGGACGGUUGCAAGUGGAAAGGAAACAUUAAAAAAAAGGCAACGAAGUAGCAACAAUAGUAUACCAGAGGAUGAUACAGUUGACGAAUACGAACAACACAAAAGGACGUACAAGAAGAGAAUAUACAAGGGUGGUAACCCUUGGAAAAAUUGGUGUUUCAAAAUAUUACAUAAAUUGAAGAAGAAAGAAAUAUGUUGCUGGUUCUUAAAACCAGUAAACCCAGAAUUGGAUGGAAUACCAAAUUAUUUUAAUGUUAUUAAGAACCCCAUGGAUUUUGAGACGAUAGAAAAUAAGCUACUAACGAACAAAUACAAUAAUCCAUUUGAGUGGCAACAAGAUGUACGACAAAUAUUUUUUAAUGCGUUCACCUAUCAUAAGGUGAAAAACUGCGUUUGGAAUGAUGCCUACAAGCUAGCCAAAGAAUUCGAUAAGUUAGUCAAACAACACACAGAAAUGAAGAAUAUUCUCAACGAAUGUACGAAAGGUUCUAAUUCUGUGUAUCUAGAUAUGAACAAAUAUAAUAAAAUUUUGGAAGAGAAAUAUGAAUAUGAUGAAAAUUUUCAUCACAGUAGUAGUAGUAGCUACGCUGGAAGUUCCAGUGAGGAAGUAAGUUCCGAUGAAUACCGUAGUAACAAAAGGUACAAUAGGAACAACAGUGCCAGUAAUGCCUACACAGUUAGGAAGAAAAAUAUGAUGAUGCAUGGAGGAGGGGGUGCAGGAGGGAACCAUGCAACUUAUCACAAUAUGGACGCAUCGACUCACAUGUACGGGGUGCCAAAUCGUAAGGGAUCAGGCGCGGCAGGCGAUAAUCGGUUUAAUAAAAUGAAUAAGCAAAUGUCGGGCAUGCCAUCAAAGAAUGCAAGAGACAAAUUUAUAAAUAACAAGAAGGAUAAUUGCUACGGUGUUGGAAAUAAUAACAGUAGCAGUGGAAAUAUGCACAUGAAUAGCAAUAAUAAUAGUAUAGAAUUUGAGCCGCCUAGCAUGGGAACGAUACCUGAACCACCAGGUAUUCAAAAGAUUGGGGCCAAUGAUAAAGGGUUAAAUAAUUAUCAAGUGAAUUUACUUUUUAAGAAUUUAAGAAGAUUAGCGCCAAACCAAAGAAGAGCAGCAUUAGAAAUUAUACAAGAUGAUUUGGGCAUACUGGCGGAGAAUCACAUGUUCGAUAGAUUUUUCACAUUUGACACAGAUUUGUUGUCCAUCGAAAAGCAGAAAAGAAUAUUUCUUUACAUUAAUCACAUGGGUAGAAUAAAUUUGGAGCAGUAUAAAGCUUCUCUCAUUCCAUCAGAUCAAAGGGGCCCUUGUACUAUACCCAAGGGUAAAAUGCCUAUGAAAAAUAUGAACAACAAAAAUUAUCUCAAAAGCACCAACAGUCUAGGUAACAACAGUAACAAUAGUAAUAAUCUUCAUUUUGAUAAGAGAAGAACAAAUAGGUAUCUAUCCUCGUCUUCUAAUUCGUCCGAUUCGUCUUCGUCAAACUCCUCCGAUUCUUCAACCUAUUCGACGUCCAGUGAGGAGAGCGAAUCAGAGGAGGAUAGUGACUCCGAUAUGGACUCAGAUUCCUAUGGAAAGAAGAAAGUAAAGAGGCAGUUAUCUUCCAAUGAGCGAAAAAAAGAAGUAAUGACAAACAAAUAUUUGGACAACAAGAGGAAAUCAUUACCGCAGUAUAAACCCAUUGAUGAGAAUAAGAAAAACUUACAGUUAAGGGAUGAUGUUAUGGGAAGGCAUGCUGAUUUUUUAGUAUCCAUGGAUGGACCAAAGAACGGCAAGAAGGAUCCCAAGAGUUCUGGCUCAGCUUGGCCGGAGUGGAAGGGGCAGGUUAUUCAACAGGCCAUCUUGACGCAACACCAGUCCAGCGUGCCCCUAAACAAGAAGGAGUUGAUAGCGGAAGGUUAUGACGCGAAAAUUUAG